AGUGAGGCAACACCGGAGAUGGCUGAGGCGGUGAUGGCGGCGACCGGAGACGUCGAGGAGGUGGCCGGACCGCGAUUGCCGCAGCUGCUAGAGACCGGCCGCCGGCUCCUAGGUGAGGUGGAGGACACCAAUGAGUCGACGAACUCCAGGUUCAUCCAGGAGAAGGUGAAACAGGGCUUGGAGAGCCUGAAUAAAGCUUCCCGCAUGUUGGCGCAGCUUGACCUGUUCAGCCCUAACGAGGAGCUGGAAGAGAUCUCUUCCGCUGACCUGAAGUAUCUGAUGGUGCCCGCUCUCCAGGGAGCCCUCACUUUGAAGCAGGUCAACUUAAGCCAGCGGCUGGAGCAAGUGCAGACUGCCCGGGCCCACUUCAUGGACUUUCUAAAGCAGUGUCAGAACUACCAGAUCACGAAGUUUGAGCUUCCCCCAAGUCCGGACAGCCCCACUGGAAAAAAGUCGGCGGAUGGGCCCGCAGGAAGCCAGCAAAACCUCGUUGCCAUGGCGUCCCACAGACAAGCCAAAAUCGAAAGAUACAAGCAGAAGAAGGAGCUGGAGAGUAAGUUGGCAUCUCUGGAAUCUGCUGUGGAGAGCAGCCGAGCGGACGAGGAACAAGUCCGAGAAUACUACCUGCUUCACUUACAGAAGUGGGCCAACAUCAGCCUGGAGGAGAUCGAGAGUAUCGACCAAGAAAUAGUGAUCCUGAAAGCCCGAGACUUGGGAAAGCAGGCAUCAACUUCGAGGAUGCCUCCACAGAGCAGACCUCCAACCAAACCUUUCAUUCUCACCCGGGAUACUGCCCAGGCCAAGGUAUUUGGCUCUGGCUAUCCCAGCCUGGCGACCAUGACAGUGAAUGACUGGUAUGAGCAGCGCCAGAAAUGGGACACACACAAGAAUACAACAGUAAACCUCAAUCAGGAGGCAGAAGAUGAGGAUCAGGAAACGAAGUCAGAAGAGGAGGAUGAGGAUACGCUAUACAAAAAGCGUAAUUGGGAUGACUGGAAGGACACACAUCCACGGGGUUAUGGCAACCGGCAGAACAUGGGUUAAUCUCACCCUUAAGAAAUAGGACCAGAGGGGCUUGAAGCUUUGCCUCCAGAGGAAAGUUGUACAGUUCUUACUCCCCUGCCCUCCUCCCUCUCCUGUGUACAGUGACAUCAGAGACAGUUCAGCUGGCUGUGCAUUUAAUAAAAUGUCAAAAGACUAAGUGUGUGCUUGUAGCCUAGCUGAUGAGGUGACAGAGCUGUUGCAAACAUCACUCUUGAGCAGAGAUUCCCAGUUUCCCAGACAUUCUCAAGUAAGUGGAAAGGAAAAGGCAAUAAGAAAUGGCUCUGUAUUAUUGAUGCUUGUAUUGAUUGUCUUUAAAAAAAUAAAGUCCCACGCGUAACUUACA